AUGAGUCCGCCAGCUCUCAGUCCGGAAUUAUGGUCACAUAUAUUCGACUAUUGUGCUGUACCUAAUGAAGAGAAUAAACAGCUUCGGCAACUUACCCUGGCGAUUCUGCUACGUGUCAACUCGCAUUUCUUCUCCAUUGCUGCUUCUGUCCUCUAUCGAGAUUGCACCAUUCAGGAUCUCGGUGCUUUCCUGCUGGGCUCAAAUGGAUCAAGACAAUCUCCCAAAUCUACAGCUCUGAACAACUUGACAGACCUUGAGCUCAUACGCGAGGGGAAAUCCAAAUUAGCUCUACUUCGACAUGUUAGAAGAUUUACUAUCAUCCCUUACUCACUUGGCUUGAAAGGAUUCAGUGUGGCUAUAGAUGAACAACAAUCAUCGUAUCAUCAGGUUAAAAACACUCUGGUACAAUUGGCAGAUGUCGAAACGUCAAUCACACCUCGACUGGAGGGCAUGUCUAUAGGCCCUCACGUGUUCAGUGAUUCCCCGGAAACUGAUCGAAUCCACUCACGCUUUUUCUCCGAAAUCCAUCAUAUUAGACGAAAAUUGAUGGAAACAUGUAAACCUAAGUACUGGUGCGAACGAAGUCCACUACACGGGUACUGCUUUGAGCCAAUUCAAUCCGAUUUUAUCAAUCAUGAGCUCAACGCCUUACCAGAGACAGUAAAUAUACAUACGAGAUUAGACGGGACAUUCCCUCUGGUAUGGGGCACUAAGAAUAUGAUUUCUAUCAGAGGAGAGCGUGACAUAGCCCUCUUCAAGUCGCCAAAUUAUCUAUCGGCACCAAUGGUUCAGACAGAGAUAACGGACGGCAAUGCUGUGAUAGAUCCUGUUAUAGCAGCGGGUACGACUCCUGAAGAAUUAGAUAUGUUGCCCAAGCCAGUCUUCACAGAAGAAGAUCUCACCAGAAAUAUGGUUUACACUGUGAUUCGAUCUAUGCCUUCCUGGAUCAGAAGACUGCAUUGUGCCACGCAAGAUGCAAUCAAUGCAAGGACGGAAAUCGAGAUAUAUGGAUUGGAGAAAGUUAUGGCGGGUCCUUCGCUUGACCAGAUAGACAACUCCAGUUUGUCGCCUCCUUCACCUUCUCUCUUUGCCCAGACACUAGCCCCAGAUCAAGUAUCAUUCACUCAUGAUGAUCAACACAAGAUCAUAGCGCAAAGCAUGAGGUUGAAGAAGAUGCAGCAUAUAAUUAAACAAGAGUUGAACGUAUCUGAGGGAGGAUAUUGGCGAAGAACAGGAAGCAAAGCCCCGUCCCUAAAUCUCUUUUUGGCUGUUGAUUACCCUGGAUGCCAAUGUUGUGGAAAAGGCAAACAUGGCAGCUGGAUCUAG